GCCAGUGUUUAGAUAAACGUAAUCGCUGCCACCUAUCCUGUCCCGUCCCGUAGCACUGGUCAUUAUACUUCUGACGCUGAGUGAAGUGAGUCAAGUGUUUAUUGUUUUUGUGCGGUUUUUUCGUCGGGCGUAAUAUCGUGCAACAAUGAGCCGUAAACGUAAAUUGCAGAAGGAAGAGUUUGAGAAGUUGAGGAAGCUGGAACGUUCAAUGAAGUUGGACUCUUCUAGUUCGGAAUCCGAUACAGAGGUCAGUAAGUCAGACACCACGUCUUGCUCUUCAUCAUCCUUGUCCGGCAUCGAUGAAGCCAAGAAAGACGUGAAUGUUACUGGAUUCUUUUCUACACGAUCUUCAGGGCAACUUGGGGAAAGGCAUUGGAAUCCUCGGUGCUAUAAUAACAGACACAAUGGGCAAAGAAACGCAAGAUGAAACCUUCUCUCAUCUCACAAAACUGGUAGAGGCACGCCAGUUGCUGGGUUCAAUUCAUAUCGAAACAUCGAAAAUUAAAUUGCAAUCGCCAUUUUAACAGCAAGAUCCAAAAGAUUGCAUCAAAUCAAAGAAUUGACGCCCUUCUGUUCGGAGAAGAUUUUGGCGAAAACAGCAAGAUGGCGAAGACGCUAGAAAACACUAUCAAGGAUAUGCGUGCUACUCAAUCUGCUACGUCAAAAAACUGGAGAGGCGGCACAACCAAGAAACGGUAGAAGACAACCUGGUCGAACAAACAGCCGAAGAGCAGACAACCCAGGACCGACGAUUACUCAAAGAAAGGCACCAGCGAUUACAGAAGAGAGGACAGAACAAAGAAACUCCGCUAGAGGUUAAAUAUGCUGGUC